AACGCUGCUGUCGCUCGCCUGCUCGCUUCUCGCUCGGCAUUGUGGCCAGCCAGCCGGGCAGUCGGGGGGCACGCGCGGCCGCCGAACGAACUCUGCCCCCACCCCACCCGCCAGCAGAUCUGGGGUGGGGACCCAGGCGGGGGCUCCUGCAGCCACUGCCUGGUGCGGACCGCACGGAGCGACCCACUCCUCCUGGCGCCGAGAAAGGAGCAACGGAGCCCUCUGCAGCCGGCCGGCCUCCCCGCCCCUGACCACCCGCUUCCCGGCUGCCUUUGUGGCCUCAGCUUCUCGCCGCCGAGUCGAGGGCCGGCGGGGGCGCGGCGCGCACCGCCGAGCGAUGCCCAGCUCGCUGUUUGCAGACCUGGAGCGCAACGGCAGCGGCGGCGGAGGGGGAGGCGGCGGCGGGGGAGGCGGCAGCAGCAGCGGUGGGGGAGAGACCCUGGAUGACCAAAGAGCCCUGCAGCUCGCGCUCGACCAGCUCUCGCUGCUGGGGCUGGACAGUGACGAGGGCGCCUCUCUCUACGACAGCGAGCCGCGCAAGAAGAGCGUGAACAUGACCGAGUGCGUGCCGGUGCCCAGUUCUGAGCAUGUCGCCGAGAUCGUGGGGCGGCAAGGUUGUAAAAUCAAAGCUCUGCGGGCGAAGACCAACACUUACAUCAAGACCCCGGUUCGCGGGGAGGAGCCUGUCUUUGUUGUGACUGGCAGGAAGGAGGAUGUGGCCAUGGCUCGGAGAGAGAUUAUCUCCGCCGCCGAGCACUUCUCCAUGAUCCGCGCCUCCCGGAAUAAGAACACGGCUCUCAAUGGGGCGGUGCCCGGGCCGCCCAACCUGCCGGGGCAGACCACCAUCCAGGUGCGGGUGCCUUACCGCGUGGUGGGGCUCGUGGUGGGGCCCAAGGGCGCCACGAUCAAGCGCAUCCAGCAGCAGACGCACACGUACAUCGUGACGCCCAGCCGCGACAAGGAGCCGGUGUUUGAGGUGACCGGCAUGCCGGAGAACGUAGACCGGGCUCGUGAGGAGAUUGAGGCGCACAUCGCCCUGCGCACUGGCGGCAUUAUUGAACUUACAGACGAGAACGACUUCCAUGCCAACGGCACGGAUGUGGGCUUCGACCUGCACCACGGGGCCGGCGGGUCCGGCCCGGGCAGCCUCUGGAGCAAGCCCACGCCCAGCAUCACGCCCACCCCUGGCCGCAAGCCCUUCUCUAGCUACCGCAACGACAGCUCCAGCUCGCUGGGCAGCGCCUCCACAGACUCUUACUUCGGCGGGGGCACCAGCGGCAGCACAGCCGCCACCCCGCGCCUGGCGGACUACAGCCCCCCCAGCCCCGCGCUCAGCUUCGCCCACAACGGUAACAACAACAACAACGGCAACGGGUACACCUACACGGCGGGGGAAGCCUCUGUGCCGUCCCCCGACGGCUGUCCAGAGCUGCAGCCCACCUUCGACCCAGCUCCUGCCCCUCCUCCUGGGGCGCCGCUCCUCUGGGCCCAGUUUGAGCGAUCCCCGGGAGGUGGACCUGCAGCUCCAGUGUCCUCUUCCUGCUCUUCCUCAGCAUCUUCGUCUGCUUCGUCUUCCUCAGUGGUCUUUCCCGGGGGCGGUGCCACUGCGCCCUCCAACGCCAACCUGGGGUUGCUGGUGCAUCGACGGCUGCACCCCGGCACCAGCUGCCCGCGCCUGUCUCCGCCCUUGCACAUGGCUCCGGGGGCGGGCGAGCACCACCUGGCUCGUCGGGUGCGCAGCGACCCGGGCGGAGGGGGCCUGGCCUACUCCUCCUAUGCCAAUGGGCUGGGGGCGCAGCUGCCUGGCCUGCAGCCUUCGGACACAUCCGGCUCCUCCUCGUCCUCCAGCUCUUCCUCCAGCUCUUCCUCCUCCUCCUCCGGGCUGCGCCGGAAGGGCAGUCGCGACUGCUCUGUGUGCUUCGAGAGCGAAGUGAUCGCCGCGCUGGUGCCCUGCGGCCACAACCUCUUCUGCAUGGAGUGCGCCAACCGCAUCUGCGAAAAGAGUGAGCCCGAGUGUCCGGUCUGCCACACCGCGGUCACUCAGGCCAUCCGCAUCUUUUCUUGAAGGAGGCGCGCGCUUGCGCGCACCGCGCGGGGGAAGGGGCACCCCCUAUCCUGCAUCCUCACUCCCCAGCGCCUGUCCACCUCCCUGGUGCCCCACCUUCCUCUCUUCUUUCUGCUCACACUCUGAGAUCCAGAAGAGUUUGGAAAGCUGUAGUAUCCGCUCAUUUUUAAAUUUAAAUUUUUAAACAAAGAAACUUGCCAGGAUGUCUGCCUCAGGAGUACUGUAGCCUGGGAAGCCUCUGAACCACCUGAAAUGCAUGCUCUAUAAAUAAUAGGAACGACGACAUUCUAGUAAUGAUAGUUUUUACACUGUACUUAAUAGGAAGCUUUCAAAAGAAGAAAACCCCACAAGUUUUCCAUUUUCUUAAAGUAGAAAAAAAAACAAUAAUUAUUAUGAAGAAGAUGAUGAUAAUAAUAGUGCUUAUGGGAUGUGUGG